AUGGAAGCUGACUUCAGUCGGAACCAUGAGCGGGAGACGGCGCUGCACUGUGCGGCGCAGUACGGUCACUCUGAGGUGGUGUCAGUGCUGCUUCAGGAGCUUACCGACCCCACCAUGAGGAACAGCCAACAGGAGACCCCUCUGGACCUGGCCGCCAUGUACGGCCGGCUACAGGUGGUGUGCAUGCUGGUGAGCGCUCACCCCAACCUCAUGACUAGUCACACGCGCCGACACACUCCGCUCCACCUGGCCGCUCGCAAUGGACACCACAGCACCGUGCACACGCUGCUGGAGGCCGGCAUGGACGUCAACUGUGUGACGGAGAAUGGCAGUGCCCUCCAUGAGGCGGCUCUCUUUGGGAAGAUGGAUGUAGUCCGCCUGCUGCUUGACUCAGACAUCGACACCAGUCUGACAGACUGCAAGGGGAGAACGGCUCUCGAGAUCCUGAGAGAUCAUCCUGCAUCCAAAUCUCAGCAAAUCACUGCUCUUAUCCAAGAAUACAUGAUGGACGAGAUGGAGAGGAGGAGUAUCGUGGAGGAGCCAGUCAGAAAAUGUCCCAUCCCUGCCCCUCGAACCUCCGUCCCCUCACCCUGUGCCUCCCCCUCCCUCAGACACAAGAAUGAUGCCGUGACAAGUGAGCUGUCCAAGCUGCUCCACGAGAUCAAAAAGUGCCGGGACAGAGACUACUCCUUCGAGGAGCUCUGCCACACCAUCUCCUCUCACUCCAUGGACAGCUUUGGCAGCGGGCGGCUCUCUGACGAGGAGCGGCCCGACAGACCCAACGGGACCCUGACACGAGUAAAGGCAAUUGGUUUAGAGGAUGCUCACUGCUCCCCUCAGAUUCUCAGCAUCCUGGAGAAAAUAAAGCCUUGCUUCAGUGCCAGCAGCACAGACAGAUGUCCCGCUUUCUGA